CUCUUUUUUUCUUCUCCUCCGCAGAUAAUUAGGGUUUUGAUAGUCUGCUAGGAACGGCUCAAGCACUUAUCUUUCAGCUAUCAAAUUUCUGCAAACAUGGCUACUCAGAUGAGUAAGAAGCGAAAGUUUGUCGCCGAUGGAGUUUUCUUUGCUGAGCUCAAUGAGGUUUUGACCAGAGAAUUAGCCGAGGAUGGUUACUCAGGUGUUGAGGUUAGAGUCACGCCGAUGCGCACUGAAAUCAUCAUCAGGGCCACCCGUACUCAAAAUGUUCUUGGUGAGAAAGGAAGAAGAAUAAGGGAGCUGACGUCUGUUGUUCAGAAGCGAUUUAAGUUUCCUGAGGGCAGUGUAGAGCUCUAUGCUGAAAAGGUGAACAACAGGGGUCUCUGUGCGAUUGCUCAAGCAGAAUCUCUCCGUUACAAGCUACUUGGGGGACUUGCUGUUCGCAGGGCCUGUUAUGGUGUGCUGAGAUUUGUCAUGGAGAGUGGCGCAAAGGGAUGCGAGGUUAUUGUGAGCGGAAAGCUUCGUGCUCAGCGUGCUAAGUCAAUGAAAUUCAAAGAUGGAUAUAUGAUUUCCUCUGGUCAACCCGUCAAGGAAUAUAUUGACUCUGCAGUUAGACAUGUUCUUCUCAGACAGGGAGUUCUGGGUAUUAAGGUAAAGAUCAUGCUUGAAUGGGAUCCUAAGGGCAAGCAAGGACCAACAACUCCACUCCCUGACCAGGUAGUAAUUCACAACCCUAAGGAUGAAGAAAUCAUUUUCGCACCAGUAGUUGCUCCUCCAACAGUCGAGCCGAUUGCUUAAAUGUUCUUACAAAUGUAAUGAUUUGAUAUGACACCCUUUUUUAAGAUGCUGCUUGAUUAUUUUAUGUAUGGUACUUUUGGUUCAAAUAGGUUCUUUUUUUGAGCAGGGAUUAUAAACUUGGGACAUUUGUUGUUUAUGCUAUCUGACUUUAAUGUUCAAUUUUGUUAUUGAAAUUUAGGGUCAUG